AUGCCGGGGAAAGACCUCGCCAAGCGUAAGGAUGACGAAGGUGGCAUUGACGUGGGCGAGGGGGCAGAUGAGUGGGGGCAGGCCAAGACGUUAAUCAAGCCACCGGACCAACUGGAGCUGACCGAGGCAGAACUGAAAGAGGAGAUCACGCGCAUCCUGACAGCCAAUAACCCUCAUGCUCCACAGAACAUUGUCAGAUACAGUUUUAAAGAGAGGGCCUACAAGCAAACAAGCGUGGUGGAGCAGCUGGCCGUUCAUUUCACUCUGUGCGGGAACCUGAUUUUCCGAGACUCAGACGAAGGACGAAGGCAGAGCUUAAGGCAGCAGAGCGCGGCAUCUGCUGUGGUCCCGACUUCAUCCUUUGAGUUGAAUAUUGAGGACCUGGAGGCGAAAGAAAGUGGAAGCCAACUGUCCGUUAUGAACGUCGUUCCAGAGGAACAAGAGGAACAAGAGGAACAGGCUCUGCCUCGACCCCGGAUGGUUCAAGAACGGAAGCUCACCAACCAGUUCAACUUCAGCGAGAGAGCGUCUCAGACGUACAACAACCCUGUCCGGGACAGAGCAUGCCAGAUGGAGCCGCCACCCAGAGCCACCUUCUCUGCUCUUGCUAAUCAGUGGGAAAUCUAUGAUGUCUACGUGGAAGAACUCCAGAAACUGGAGAAGUCAAAGGAGAAAGAAAAAAAACAGGCUCCCGUUUCCAAGAAAGAAGACAAGACGAGGGGUCGGAAAUUGACUUCUCUGGAAUCUCAGAGUGAUGACAUCACCAAGGUGUCCAAGGCUGCCAAGAUCGUGGAGCGGAUGGUCAAUCAGAACACCUUUGAUGACAUCGCCCAAGAUUUUAAGUAUUUUGAAGAUGCUUCCGAUGAAUACCGAGACAAUCUGGGGACUCUCCUUCCACUCUGGAAGUUUCAGUAUGACAAAGCCAAGAGGUUGGCUGUCACUGCCCUCUGCUGGAACCCCAAAUACAAGGAUUUGUUCAUCGUGGCCCACGGCUCUUACGAUUUUGUGAAGCAGAGCCGAGGGAUGCUCCUCCUCUACACCCUGAAAAACCCCUCCUUCCCAGACUACAUCUUCAACAGCGAGAGCGGGAUCAUGUGCGCGGACGUCCAUGUGGACCACCCCUACCUGAUCGUGGUGGGCUUUUACGAUGGCAACGUGGCCAUCUACAACCUGAAGCAGCCCGCCAGCUCCCAGCCCUGCUACAAGAGCUCGGCCAAGUCGGGCAAACACACAGACCCUGUGUGGCAGGUCAAGUGGCAGAAGGACGACAUGGACAAUAACCUGAACUUUUUCUCAGUCUCUUCGGAUGGCCGCAUCGUCUCCUGGACUCUUGUUAAGAACGAGCUGGUCCAUACAGAUAUCAUCAAACUGCUGGUCGAUGGAACGACAGUGGAGGGGCCGCAGGGGCUGCAGCUGCAAACCAUCGGCUGCGGGACUUCGUUUGACUUUCACAAGAAGAUAGAUUAUUUAUUUCUGGUGGGUACUGAGGAAGGCAAAAUCUAUAAGUGUUCCAAGUCCUACUCCAGCCAGUUCUUGGACAUCUUCGACGCCCACCACAUGGCUGUGGAUGCGGUCAACUGGAACCCUUUCCAUAGCAAAGUCUUCAUUUCCUGCAGCUCGGACUGGACGGUGAAGAUCUGGGACCACACCAUCAAGACUCCCAUGUUCAUCUAUGACCUGAACUCGGCUGUUGGCGAUGUCGUUUGGGCUCCUUAUUCUUCCACGGUCUUUGCUGCUGUAACCACCGAUGGGAAGGCCCACAUCUUUGACCUAAGCAUCAACAAGUACGAGCCCAUCUGCAGCCAGGCCGUGGUGGCCAAGAAGAAGAACAAGAUCACCCACAUCCAGUUCAACUUCAUCUACCCCAUCGUCAUCAUCGGAGACGACCGUGGCCACGUCACCUGCCUGAAACUGUCUCCCAAUCUCCGCAAGAUGCCCAAGGAGAAGAAAGGCCAGGAGGUACAGAAAGGCCCAGAGGUGGAAAUCGCCAAGCUGGACAAGCUGCUGAACCUGGUGAGGGAGCCCGCGGCCAAAGCCAGCAAGUGAGCCCUGCAGCCCCC